GCCCAUCACCACAAAUGCGCACAAUAGCAACAACAACACGCGCCGUGCGCACCCUCAGGCCGACGGCGUCAGCGCACGCAGCGUGCAUGUCGACGAGCGCAGCGGUGCGGCAUCAGCCUGCGAAGGCGCCCGCGCCGGAGCCUGCUACGCCUGCUUCGUCCUCAUCGUCGCAGGCCGCCUCGCCACUCCCCCGCCGCACACCCGGCACGCCGCUCAACACGCCCACGACGUCCGGCGGGCCGCACGAGGCCGCGGCGUACUGCGCCAGCCUGGUACAGAAGCUCGACCCCGACGCGUGGCUUUGCAGCUACUUCUGGCCGCGGCGGGAGAAGGAGUGGUGGUUGGCGAUCCGGGCCUUCAACCUCGAGCUCCACCUUGUCUCGACGACAGUCACACAGCCCGCCAUCGCGGCGAUGCGGUUCCAGUUCUGGCGGGACGCCUUGUCGGCCAUCUUUGCCGCCGACGGCUCCAAGCCCAUCCCCCAGCACCCCGUGGUCGUCGCGCUCGCCGCCGCGCGCGAGCACCGCCCAAUCCAGAAAUACUACCUCUCGCAGCUGGUCGAGGCGCGCGCCAAGGCCGUGUCCCAGCCCCCAGCGGCGAGCACGCUCGAGGGGCACCUCUCCUCGGCGGGCCAGGUCGCCAGCGCGCUGCUGCAAGGCAGCCUGCCGCUGCUCGUCGCGCCGACCGACGCCGGCACGCCGCACCUCGCCCACACGCUCUCCCACCUCGCGCACCUGUUGACGGUCACGUCGCUGCUGCGCGCCAUCCCCGCCCUCGUCGCCAAGCGCGAGCUCAACAUCCCUGCCGACGUCGCCGCGCAGCACGGCCUCGUCGACGAAGAGGUCUUCCGCAAGGGCGCGGCGGCGGACGGGUUCCGCGACGCGGCGUUCACGAUCGCCACGCGCGGCAUCGACGAGCUCAUCACCGCCCGCCGCGAUCUGAAAAAGGACGACGGCAAGGUCGUCCCCGCCGCCGGCCUGCCCAUCUUCCUUGCCGCCGUGCCGGCCGAGCGAUACCUCAAGCGCCUGGAACAGGCCGACUUUGACGUCUUCAGCCCCCAGCUGCUCAAGCACGACUGGAGGCUUGCGCCGAGCAUCUUCUGGGCCGCGCAGACUGGCAAGAUUUGAGCGAUGAGGGGCGUGGAGCGGAGGGGAGGGGGAAAACGCUUGAUAGUUGGCUGGAGG